UAUUUGUUUUCAAUUUCUAGGGCUGGCUGACAGAUAGUGGAGCUGCCAACAUGGAACGUGUACAAAUGAUUCUGCAAAAUCUUGGUAAAGUAGAGGAUGAGAUAUUUAGAGCAAGACAGAAACGAGAGUUAGAGUUCAGAGCAAGAGACAAGAGGAAGAAAAGAGAUGAAAAAAUGGAAAAGGAAGCUGCCAAUAGGUUUAAGAAUCAAACGGGUCAAGGAGCUUUCGCUGUUAUGAGGGCCGGGGACACUUCAGUGGCACAUGGAGCAAGAAGUUUUAUAAUGGAGCAACGAUAUUCUAAUAUGAAUACUGGAGAAAACCGCGGUAUGAAGCGAACCAUAGACAAUGUUGAGUCAGAUGACGAAGAUGAAGUGCCAGAUGAAGUAAGACUGUAUGAGGACGGAGCCAAAGACCGCUACUAUGAGUCCAAGUUUGAGGUGAACCCUGACAACUAUGAAUUCAGGAAACUAGUUGCAGAUGAAUAUGCCCGUGGUCUAUGCUGGGUAUUGAAGUACUACUACCAGGGCUGUGUAUCAUGGGACUGGUAUUUCCCAUACCACUAUGCACCCUUUGCUUCAGAUUUUUCUAAUUGUGCAAAGGCAAAUGUCAAUUUUGACAUUGGGGAGCCAUUCAACCCCCUGGAACAGCUCAUGGGUGUGUUUCCUGCAGCAAGUCGUGACCACGUCCCAGAACCUUGGGGCAGGUUGAUGUUGGAUCCAGAAUCAGUUAUCAUUGAUUUUUAUCCAGAAGACUUCAAAAUUGACUUAAAUGGCAAGAAAUUUGCCUGGCAAGGUGUUGCACUCUUGCCAUUUGUUGAUGAGAAAAGAUUAAAGAAAGCCUUGAAUUCAGUGUAUGAUAUGUUAACUCAAGAAGAAAGACGACGUAAUAAGAGAGGUGACGACCGUUUGUACGUCAGUGUUCAGCACGAAGCAUUUGGCCAACUGACAGACAUGUAUCGUAUGGGAAUGAACCAUAAUACAGAGGUCCCAAUAGCUGGCAAAGAAUAUCAAGGCAUGCAGGGAUCUGUUCUGUUGGCGACCGAUGCUGUUGAGCCUAAUGGGUGAGUUAAGAGACAGGCAUUGUUUUUGCACUGGCUUCUUGAUAAUUAUGACUUGGAAGAAAAUGUGACUUGCC